UCACGACAACAGCAACUCCGCCAUAUUUAAGUCAUUAAAGUUAGUUUAAGCAACAAUUCCUCGCUGCUACAUUGCGAGUUCAUAUCCGUGCAGCUGCCGCGUUCUUGUCAGCGACUGUUUCGCACUCAUUCAUUUGUGUUAGCUCCUCGGCUACGCGAGUAAUAAAGAACUACCUGCUCCUCGAGCCGUUGUAUUUCCGCUUCAUUUUCCUUCUCGUCCUCUGACGUGUCGUCCUCUUCGUCAUCUGAAAUUUCUACCCCCAUGCCCUCCUCGUCGUCGCUCUCCGAGUCCAUUUCUCGCUUCUCCAUCCCCGCGUCGUCCUCCUCCAUGUCUUGCGAGUGCGUAUGCUCUGCGUUGCUUGACGCCGCCAUGUUGGUAAGGCGCUCUGCCUGGUAACAAGCCCUAAGCACGUCCAGAAACUGCGAUAGCGGACGUUGACCGCCUGGGGGCGCGCUUGAUCCUUGUUCUUGACAACAAAACACUCGGCUCUCAUCGGACAUUUCCCUCGAUUGUCGGGUUUUAAAAGAUGGCGAUGGCUCUUCGAAAGUCCUCGUUGCUUAACCGAAGGUUGUUGCUGAAUUCUAUUUGUUCAUACCACAAAAAGGUUGUGGACCACUACGAAAACCCAAGAAAUGUGGGCUCUUUAGAUAAAAACGCCAAAAAUGUGGGGACUGGUUUGGUGGGAGCACCAGCCUGUGGAGACGUCAUGAAACUUCAGAUUGAGGUGGAUGAGAAAGGUAAGAUUGUGGACGCCAAGUUCAAGACGUUCGGCUGCGGAUCAGCCAUUGCUUCCAGCUCUUUAGCAACAGAGUGGGUUAAAGGGAAGUCGAUCGACGAAGCUUUGAGGAUCAAGAACACAGACAUUGCCAAAGAACUCUCACUCCCACCUGUGAAACUUCACUGUUCCAGUAAGGAAGAUGACGAGUACACUAAUACUAACAGCAUUUUGAGUGCGUUCCAAUGACAACUAAGUGCUGGCAGAAGACGCCAUCAGAGCGGCUCUGUCGGACUACAGAAUCAAACAAGACAAGGAGCAGAAGAGCGCCGACGUCAGCAGUUAAUUUGUCACCAUUAACUAUCCAUGAAAGGCUGGGGUGGGGGCUCUUCAGGGAUGUCAGAAUUGAUUAUGUCAUCACAGGAUUGUACAGGAAGAUUCAGCUCAAAUAGUCUAAAAAAAUGUUGGCAAUAAUUUCUAACACAUACAUAUUUGUGUUUAUGAUGCUACUAUUAUUCCCAUAUCUACCAAAUAAAUGAAUAGAAAAAUA